AUGAAGCCAGUACUUUUUUACCUCCGGAAAUUGGCUCACCAAUCCUCCCUUUACAUUGAUGACUCAUUACGAACAGGUCAAACCUAUGAUGACUGUGCAGCUAAUGUGAUUGACACAACACAGCUCAUAGACAACUUGGGGUUUAUAGCUCACCCUGACCAAUCUGUUUUCAUCCCCACUCAUGAAUUAGACUAUCUUGGUUUCACACUGAACUCCAAAACUAUGCAGGUGACUAUAACACCUGGAAAGAAGUUGAAUCUCAUAGAAACAUGUAAGGAACUCCUUACGAAAGAAUACCCUACUAUCCGUGAGGUUGCUAGGGUAAUUAGGCUUGCUCAUCUCAAACUUCCCAGGUGUUGCGGUGUUGCAAUGGGAUCACUACAUUACAGACUUUCUAAAGCUGACAUAAUACAGCACUUAAACAUAACAAAGGAAAGUUUGAUGCCAGUGUGCACUCUCGGCUGAAGCCAAGGAAGAACUUGUGUGGUGGAUAAAUAACAUUGACACUGCAUUCAACCCAGUGCAUAGGGGGCAACCUAACAUAACCAUACAGACAGAUCAGAUGCUUCGAACUGAGAUGGGGAUGUGCACUGGGUGACAAAACAACUAGUGGACUCUGGGGCCAAACUGAGUCUUAUGAACACAUAAUUUACUUAGAAACACUAGCAGUCUUUCUGUCCCUUAAAUCCUUUCAGCAUAUUCUAAGUGGCAACCAUGCAAUGAUCAUGGUGGAUAAUACCACUGCUGAAAGCAUCAUUAGAGAAAUGGGAACCAGCCUAUGUACAGGUAGUGCUAGAUUAAAUCACCUGGUAAAACAAAUUUGGCAGUGGUGUGAAAGCCAGAAAAUAUGGAUAACAAUGGCACACAUACCAGGGGUUGAAAACUGUCAAGCAGACUUUCAGCCUCGGUCUUUCAAUUGGGGGACUGAAUGGUGUCUUAGUUAACAAAGACAUACUUACCUUGGCAUGCAACAUGCUCAGGUUUACCCCCGACAUUGAUCUAUUUGUUUCCAGAAUCAACCAUCGUAGCAUUUAGACCAGACCCUGAAGCAAUUGCCAUUAAUGUAUUUCACAUGACAUGGACUCAAUUUGCUCUCUAUGCUUUCCCACCAUUUAGUGUGAUAAUGCAAGUGCUACAGAAAGUCCAAGAACAUCAAGCCUCAGGGAUCCUAGUGAUCCCAUAUUGGCCAACACAGAUAUGGUGGCCGAAAGCAAUGAACAUGAUUGUCCAACAGCCAAUUGUCUUACCAAAAAGCAAGGAACUAUUAUUCCUCCCCAACCAACCCAACAAAAUAUAUGGAACAUGAACAGUCUAAAAUUGCCAAAGAACUGUUACUGA